AUGACGGCAGGGGGGGCAGAGGACAGACUGGACGCAGAUGCAUCAGCUAGCAGAAGGGAUGACACCUCACUGCACAGCACGGCUACUACCGCCGCAGCUGCAAGAGAUGCAGGAGAGAAAGGAGAUGUGGCAAUGGAAGCAGUGCUCCCACGGCUCAUUGACACUGUCUUCACCUUCAACCUGGCUUUCUUUGUGGUUGCAGAGACCGCAGCCGCACUAUGA